CCUCCACGGGAGCGCGCGUCAAUCGGGAGCGCUCUUGCAAGAAACCGUGGACGCGCGCUCCCGCGGUGUGGUCCUGCUAAACAUGGCUGCUCUCAGCAAGUCCAUACCGCAUAGCUGCUAUGAGUUAGGACACACUUGGAAUCCCUCAUGUACGUUCUCCACCCUGCAGGUGACAGCCGGCGCUCUGGAGGUCUCCUUCAAGAUAUAUGCUCCUCUGUAUCUGAUUGCAGCCAUUUUAAGGAGGAGGAAAAAGGAUUAUUACAAGAAAAGGCUGCUUCCCGAGAUCCUGCAAUCCACGUCUUUCCUGACCGCAAAUGGAGGCCUCUACAUUGCGUUUUUCUGCAUUCUCCGGAAGCUGUUGGGACGUGUCUACUCCUGGUCAGCCGGGUUUGGGGCGGCACUGCCAGCCUCAUACAUCGCCAUACUAAUAGAGCGGAAAAGCAGGAGAGGACUCCUAACAAUUUACAUGGCGAACCUGGCAACAGAGACGAUUUUCCGGAUGGCUGUCACAAGGGGUCUUGUUAAGCCUAUGAAACACGGAGAGGUUCUUCUCUUCUGCUUGACUGCAUCUCUCUUCAUGUUUUUCUUCAGAUGUAAAGAUGGACUGAAUGGCUUUGCAUUCUCUGCCUUAAAAUUUAUAGUUGGCAAGGAGGAGAUCCCAACACACCCUUGUCUGGCUGAGCACGCGCAUGGACCGGGUUCGGAGAGAGACGCACAGCCACCGGAUGAGAGACCGGAGCACACACCUGCCUCCAGGGGGAGCUGCAUCAGAGCGUUUACACGCAAACUCCUAGACUCUAUAUGCAAACAUGGACCCAGGCAUAGAUGUUGCAAACACCAUCAAGACAACUGCAUCUCUUACUGUGUUAAAGGUUUCAUCCGAAUGUUCAGCGUGGGUUACCUCAUUCAAUGCUGUUUGAAGGUUCCAUCAGCAUUCAGACAGGCCUUUACAAAACCCUCUCGACUGCUCUGGCUGCUCUACAACAAAGAGAACUUUCAGCUAGGAGCUUUCUUGGGAUCUUUUGUCAGUAUAUACAAGGGCACAAGCUGUUUACUGAGAUGGAUGCGUAACCUGGACGACGAGCUCCAUGCUCUCAUAGCAGGUUUUCUUGCUGGCAUCUCAAUGUUCUUUUACAAGAGCACCUCCAUCUCCAUGUACCUCUUCUCCAAACUGGUGGAGACAAUGUAUUUCAAAGGGAUCGAGGCAGGCAGGUUUCCGUACUUCCCUCAUGCUGACACAGUAAUCUAUGCCGUCUCCACUGCCAUCUGUUUUCAAGCGGCGGUUAUGGAAGUGCAAAAUCUGAGACCAUCGUACUGGAAGUUUCUACUGCGGUUGACGAAGGGCAGGUUUGCUCUGAUGAACAGAAAAGUGCUUGACGUUUUUGGGACCGAGGCUUCCAAACACUUCGGUGACUUCACGCCUAAACUUGACCCCAGAUACGUGCUGUGUCCCAUCGACAUGGACGUGCAGCUGGGCUGACAGGCCCGCGGGUAUCUGCGCACACAAUCUCUCUCUUAUAUUCUUUCACCCUGGCGCUCUAUGUCAUUAAAUGUGAAGUGAAAGUGUGAAGGCAGUUAUAUGUUUAUGUUGAUCUGAAACAUUUUGCAAUGUUAUUACCACAAGUAAAAUGUGAGCUGUAUGUACUGUACGCACAAUAUCAGCAUCGGUUUGUCUGAAGAUGAUCUGAAGUUCAUGGAUAAUUUUUGCUUAUUGGAUUUUCAAGGACAGAAUGACAUGGCAGGAAUGUGUUCACGCUAACUCAGCAAUUCCUGGACUGCUUGGGAUCGGACCUGCGACCUCUGUGUUUCAUAGUCUGCAGCAUUAACUAAUCAGCUUUGAGACUGUAAAAUAUUUAAAUGCAAUGUUACAGCACAGUUGGAGACCUCAGAAGGUUAUGCUGGAUUAUUUUUGGUCAUUGUCAUAUUAAAUCCUACCAAAAAUGAUCAAAACAGUAAUUAACUAUCUGCCAUAGUCAGGAUAUGCGGGUUAAGCCUGGUAAAAAGACCUUACUGACAUCAGGGUUGUGUAUGAUCUCUUCUUUGUCUUUAGUGUGUUCUGUGUUCUUGUUCAGAUAGGAAUAUAUUGAGACCUUCUCAUAAGUACAGGUUUUUAUGAAAAGUUAGUACAGAACUUAACAUUUAUUACCCACAUUUAUUGCAGAUUUAAUAGUCACAGAUAUUCUUUCAGGAGAAAAAAAAAUAGAUUAAACUCAUCUUAAUGGACUUUGACCUUCACUUUCAGAAGGAGAGCUCUUUUUUUUUUUUAAUUUAGCAAUAAUAUAAAAUUAAAUCUGACAAUAUAAUCGAAGUGCUGUGUAUUUGAAAUGUAAUUUAUGUAAAAAGCAAGAAACCCUUAUGUCUUCAGUGUUUGUAUAAAAGCAAAAGCUUUAGAUUAAACAAAUUCUGAUGAAA